CUGGGGAAUUGAGGAGAGAAUGAAAACAGUGCCGCUGCUGUUGGGAAAAAAAGGGAGAGAGAAAAAACGUUAUUAAAGGACUUGAACCUGGGAUUUGUUCGUAGACAAAUGGUCUUCGUUUAAAAUCAACAUUGAGGAAUAUCGGUGGACAUAAUUGAGUUUAAUUGCGUACAAUCUAUCAAUGUCAGCGAUUAAAAGGAUAAUAUAUGCAAUCGAUUUGGAUUUUUGAGUGUAGCUUCGAUUAGUUCUUCUACCUUCUCAGUCAUGCAGUUAGAAUUACGAACAUUGAUGUUUGGAAUUGUAACCGUGCUGGUAUUAUUUCUGAUCAUUGCUGAUAUUGCUGAAGUCGAGAAAGAAAUUGCAAAUGUUGCAGUGAAGGCCAAUCCUAAACCUUUAGUCAGUGAAGGGGAGGACAAGAGCCCUGAUUCUCCUUCAUACUCGAAUAAUACCACCAAGCUCUCUACAGAUAACUGGAUGUUCAACAGGACCCUCUCCAAUCUCAUCAGGAAGAACAUCCUGAGGUUUUUCGACCCAGAGAGGGACAUCUCUAUUCUGAAGGGCACAUUGAAACCUGGAGAUGUCAUCCACUACAUCUUUGAUCGUCAGAGCACUACCAAUAUCUCAGAAAACCUAUACCAGUUGCUGCCCACUGCAUCCCCCAUGAAGAACCAGCACCACAGGCACUGUGCCAUCAUAGGGAACUCUGGGAUCCUACUCAACAGCAGCUGUGGGCCAGAGAUAGACUCCUAUGACUUUGUUAUCAGAUGUAACCUGGCGCCAGUGGAAGAGUAUGCUGGGGAUGUGGGCCGGCGCACCAACCUUGUGACCAUGAACCCAUCUGUGGUGCAGCGGGCCUUCCAGGACCUGGCCAGUGAGGAGUGGAGGGAGCGCUUCCUGCAGCGGCUCCGGAGCCUCAGCGGCAGCGUACUGUGGAUCCCAGCCUUCAUGGCCAAGGGAGGAGAGGAGAGGGUAGAGUGGGCCAUCCGUCUCAUCCUGCUGCACACGGUUGAUGUGCACACCGCCUUCCCCUCACUGCGCCUUCUCCAUGCUGUCAGAGGGUAUUGGCUGACCAACAACGUCCAGAUAAAGAGACCCACCACUGGUCUACUGAUGUACACCAUGGCCACUCGCUUCUGUGAGGAGAUCCACCUGUACGGUUUCUGGCCUUUCCCUCAGGAUUCACAGGGGAAACCAGUGAAGUACCAUUACUAUGACACUCUGACCUACGAGUACACGUCCCAUGCCAGUCCACACACUAUGCCACUGGAGUUCAGGACCCUGAGUUCACUCCACAGACAGGGGGCGCUGCGUCUCCACACUGGCUCUUGUGAUGUAGGAACAUAAUCUAAAAACACAGCAAGGAAUGUACUGUAUGUCUCCAUCAAAAUGACCCUUACGCUUUUGGGAAAAUACCUCCUGCUCAGUUGAUGUCUGUCAGACACGGACAUCUCAGAGGAAAUACUUCCUGUAUUAAACUCUAGGACAUUUUUAUGUAGCUGUGAAUUUAGUUGAACGACCGUAUGCAGGAUACUGCAUGUCUUAUUUGGGCUCAUGUUGUUGUCCUUCAAGAGACAUGAGCACUGAAGAGUUUUUAACAUUUCUACAGUAACCUGUGAAAAUUUUACCUAAAACAGACACUUUUUAAAUUGUUAAAAAAUAACUAAUUUAUGUAGCUAUAUGCUU